AUGUCUGCCAGCAUCUUCCUCCUGGCGGCCAUCAGUCUGGACCGCUGUCUGUCCAUGUGGGUGGUUGUGUGGGCCCAUAACAAGUGCACGCCAUGCAGGGCCGAGGUCAUCUGUGUGGGGAUCUGGUUAGCCUCAUUGGUCUGCAGCCUCCCGUUCACCAUCUUUCGGCAGAUCAUGCACUAUGGUAAUAGGACAAUGUGUGGUUAUUCAUUUUCCCAUGAUUCCUCCACCUACAGGAACAUGGUUGUGUUCCGCUUCCUGCUGGGCUUUCUCAUCCCAUUCCUGGUCACCAUAGCGUCGUACAUUGCCAUAUGGAUACGCACCAAUCGCCUUAAGAGAGGAAAAACGUGCAGAUCCCUCCGGAUCGUCUCUGUUGUCCUGGCCUUUUUCAUCUGCUGGAUGCCCUUCCACGUCUUGCAGUUUCUGGACAUCAUGAUAAAUGGCAGCCCAGGCCUCAACCUGGUCGUGCAUAUUGGAAUUCCCCUGUCCACUAGCCUGGCCUUCCUCAACUGCUGCCUGAACCCCAUCCUGUACGUCUUCAUGUGUGAUGAGUUCCAGAAGAAGCUGCGUCAGUCUGUGCUGGUGGUAUUCGAGAACGCUUUUCCAGAGGACCAGGGGAUGAACUUUGUGUCAUCAAUGCGCUCCCAUCUCUCCCGUUAAGUCUAAGUCUCUGACUCCAGAGAAGGACAUUUACGACUCACUGGUGACCAGUCUGAUGGUAAAGUGGAAACCGAGGUGUGA